AUGGUAAGUGUUGUGUCGGCAUGCACUGCACUUGGGGACCUUGUGACUGGGGAGCGUCUGCGUCAUUAUGUUGAUUCCAAUGGUUUUGGGUGGAUGGUUUCACUCCGCAAUGCACUCAUGGACAUGUAUGCUAAGUGUGGGUGCCUACCUGAAGCACGUGCUUUGUUUGAUGGGAUGGCAAUAAGGAGCUUGGCAUCUUGGAAUACACUUAUCUCAGCAUAUGCAUCACAUGGUGAUGAGGAAAGCACAAUUGCUUUGUUUCAUCAAAUGCUGGCUCAUGACAAUUCCGUGAAGCCAGAUGGGGUGACGCUGCUUGCAGUGCUCACCAUGUAUGCACACAAGGGCUGUGUUGAGGAGGGGCGCACUGUGUUUGAUGCGAUGCAAAGAGGAGAUUAUGGCAAAGUGGAGCCGACCAUCGAGCACUAUGGGUGCAUGGUGGACUUGCUUAGUCGGGCAGGACAACUUGAGGAAGCUUACCAGAUGAUAGGGCAAAUGUCGAUUCCAAGCAAUGAUGUGGUCUGCGGUGUGUUACUUGGUGCAUGCCGUAUGCACGGCAAUAUUGACAUGGCAGAGAAGGCAGUCCAAAAACUAAGGAUCCUAAACCCACAUGAGGGUGGUUACUACAUUUUGCUCGUAGAUAUGUACACAGCCGCUGGCCGAACAGCAGAAGCCAUGGAGGUUAGACGGACCAUGAAUAAGACCGGGGCCAAGAAAACUACAGGCUGGAGCUGCCCGACUACUGUCUAUGCCUUCCUACUGAUGUGUCUAUGCCUUCCUACUGAUGUUGUGAUGACUGGUCAUUAG